AUGCCAUUACAAGAGGAAGGUUAUUUGGAAAACUAUCUAAUCGAGAAGGCCGGUACCGAUAUCGAACUAAAACAAAACAAUACAAAGCAGAUUAUGUUUACAAAGAAGAGACUCAAUAUACCAAAUUCAUACACAAUAGGAUUAUACCACCCGUACGUUGAUUCAGUAUUGGCCGAAGUUCACAGUCUAAAGUAUGAUUCGAAGAUAAAACAUGUCAAGCUGUACAGCCCUGAAUUAGAAAUCGAAUUUAGAAACACGGGAAAACUGGGACUUGCGACUGAAUAUGAAUUCCACUGGGAGAACGAUCGUUAUAUUUGGCGAAAAGGCCCGUUGAACAAGGAGCUUGAGUGUAAAUUGAUGCCCGAAAAAGGACCAGGCAUUGGUGUUGCAAUAUUCAAUCCAAAGAAAAAACAUGGCCAAUUGGGUACCGUGACAGUGAUGUAUUUCAACAUGGAUAGACUGGAAGUGUCUGACAAGAAAGGACUGGAACACGUUAUAUUGAUUUCAUUAUUAUCGAUAUUGGACAGAGGAGAUGGACUAUUUACGCGCAAAAACAAUGCCUCGGCUAGCAUUCCCGCUGCUCAAGUCUCUCCUACUGUUGCUAGUCCUCGAGAGAAUGAAUCCAAGAAAUUGGAUAAGAGGUCAAAGAGUGAUGAAGAUGUAGCAACAGACAACCCUGCUCAGCCCACUCGUGCAUCUCCUUAUUCCGCCGCUACACCAUAUACAAACGACACACUAGGACGACCUUAUCCGAAUGCGCGAUUUUCCAUGUAUCCCGAGCAAAGCAGUCCCCAAUACAGUAACUAUAAUAACCGUCCGGCGACGCUUUAUGACACAACGGCGAUCGAUUAUAGUCGCAUGACGCAAGGAUUUCCGAGUGUAGUGAGUAAUGGAACCAGUGCAUAUCCCAAUGUGUACUAUCCGAAUGGUGGAUACAGUAAUCACGAGUCGACGAAUCCAAUUUCUCCGAUACAACAACAAUAUUCAAAUCCGUUUCCACAUCCAUAUCAACAACAACAGUAUUCAUAUCAAUACGCACAUCCACAAGCGCAACCGCAACUACAACCUCAGCAUCAAUACUUGCCUCAAACUCAAGCGCAACCUCAAAUGCAACCUCAAAUGCAACCACAACUACCACCACAACCUCAACAUCAAUACCCGCCGCACGGGCAAGCCCAUCCUCAAGUUCAGUCACAAACGCCCCCUCCAUCCCAACACCAAUAUUUACCACAUGGUGGAACGCAAACCCCGCCUAUUCAUCUUGUUUCUCCUGUAGUUUCUUCUAACUAUGCGGACAAAUCUGCAGAUAUUUACCCUGCCACCGCCGAUCCAUUUUCCGAUGCGUCUGCCUAUACAGUGAAUAGUUCCGCAUACCCUCCAGAUAGUUCGUCCAUAGCGUCCGCCACAUCGACAUAUAAUUAUAAUACGCACGCGACCCAUCCUCCGUUAGCACCAAUAAUUACAAACCCAGCAAUAUUAAAAGUGGCCCAACCAUUGCAUCGUAGCGCAACAUCGAUCAGCCGAUCGAGCACCGGGUCAACCAGUUCGCUGCAUCGAACGUUGACAAUGACCAGCAGGGGGUCGCCAUCGGCAUCAGAGAAGAGCUCUCAAAGUGUAGACGGGUCGAGCAGUUAUUUCAGUCAAGACAGACAAACAGACGAUUCCUAUAUAUACCCGGCUCAGCCGAUAGUAGCUCCGCUAGACCCAAUAGUAUCGUCGCCGUUCGCUGAAUCCAGAGGUCACACCGACAUUACAUAUGAUAGUCCGCGAAGUGCGAAACGUGAAGGAUUUAUGCGAAUGGAAUUACCAACGUCGCCGACAACGGAUAGCUACGACGGUCCUCCGAGAGUUAAAGGAUUGAAUAUUUCGCGAGUGGGAACGAAUGGUGAACGUCCUACGAUAUUAAUGCCUGAACCAACUAUCGGUACGCCAUGA